UUACUUGCGCAAAAGGUUUCCCCCCCAAUUCCCAAAGUUGGUCGGCAAAGUCCCAAAAAUACACAAACGCGCGAAAUGUGUGCGACCUACCAUCACAACCCACAAACAUUGAUUGAUACCCAACUCAUAUGUGCAUCACGAUCCAACAAAGAUGCCUCGAGUAGCUCAGGUCCCUCGCGCAAGCGCCGGUAGCAGAACCACAUCCGGGUCUUCCGGCUCACCGUUUAAAUCUCCCCUCAAAAUCCCUCUCAACGACGACGCACAAGAAAAAAAGGGCCGGCUUCACUCGCGAAGAGCCCUGCACGAAAAACAGAUUAACGAACUGCAGGCUGCUGCGGCGACGCCUGCGAAGAAAGCUGGGCACAGGCUGGCGGACAUCGAGAAUGCGUCUCCCCGCUCGAACCCGCGGACCCCGCGACGCGGUGCAGGGGACGACGACGAUGAUGUAUACGUGGUCGGCGGCAAUAGCGGCGUCACCCCGAUGAAGCGAGUGCCGAUUCUAGCCAAUUUCGAAGAAUGGAUGAAGAUGGCUACCGAUAACAAGAUCAACGCUACGAAUUCUUGGAACUUCGCCCUUAUCGAUUAUUUCCAUGAUAUGUCGCUUCUAAAGGACGGGGAUGGUGUUAAUUUCCAGAGAGCGAGUUGCACGCUAGACGGAUGUGUCAAGAUUUAUACGAGCAGAGUCGAUAGUGUAGCGACGGAAACAGGCAAGUUGUUAAGCGGUCUGGCGGAUAGCAACUCCAAGAAAAAGGGCAAGGACGGCGAUGCGGAUGGCGAAGACAGCGAGGAAGAAGUUGACGAGGAUGGUAAUGUCAUCAAGAAAAAGACCAAGAAGCGGCAACGAUCCUCCGAAGCGACUCUUGCGCCGUCAUUUGCUUCCUUGCAACUCAAGAAAUUCGAACUCGAAUUCUCGGUAGACCCAUUAUUCAAAAAGGCUUCGGCAGAUUUCGAUGAGGGUGGUGCGAAAGGUCUCCUGUUGAACCACCUAAUGAUCGACGGUCAAGGUCGCAUUGUAUUCGACAGCAGCGACGAUGUCUCAGCAGAAGGCAGAAUCAAGCCCCGAAGAAGAGAAGAUGUCACCGCAGAAGAGGAGGAGGAAGAGUUAGAGGAAGAAAAGGAAGACACCAUCACAGAAAUGCAACCUGCCCAAGAAGAGGAAGACGUAGAGAUCGACAUUGGUGCGCUUGGCGCUAAAUUCUUCCCCGACCUCAACAUAUUAGACGAGCAAGAUAUUUGCCCAUCGCUAAAGACUUUCGAACUCGGUAACCCAUCAGGUUCUCUGGAUAUCCCGUUCCUACGCGCCUCCGAACACGAUGACGAAGAUGAAGACGAGAGUGGAAAUGGUGGUGUCGGUAACAAGUCCGGCAUGUUUAUCGACGACGAUCCUGCCGGCUUCGAUGAUAUGACUGCCAUGGGAGGUUUCGAUGUUGCCGAGGUCGCAUUCGGCGAGGGUGGUGAAGCAUGGGCACGAGAAGCUGCGCUGGAACCCCAGAUGCGACCGUACAGCGUUGGUGCCGAUGAUGGCAUGCCUGGAGUCGAAGGUGCCGACGGCGUCGAUGACGAAAAAGGCGAUUAUAUCAUAUCUAUGAAUCGCGCUAAGAACAGCGAUAAGAUGCACGAAGAUAUCCUUGGCUAUUUCGACCAAGCACUCCAGAAGAAUUGGGCCGGCCCGGAACACUGGAGGAUACGAAAGAUCAAAGACGCCAAUAAACCCGAAACGGCUACUCGCCAGCGAAAAGAAAAGGAACCCUUCGAAAUCGACUUUAAGUCGCCUCUAGACCAGAAGUUAGCCGAGACCAUUUUCACACAAGCAGCAAGCAAUUCCGCCAUUUCCAUGCCCAAGAAGGACUGGAAAUCCAAGACGAGGAAUUUGCUCCCUGAUGACAAGCACUUCAACUCGACGCAACUCCUAAGCUUGUUCCUUAAGCCCAAAGCCCGCAUGGGCCGCCGACAUCGCAAGGGCGGUUUGUUCGGAAACAACUUUGGUAGCGGCCAGCAAGACAAUAAUAACAACGUCGCGCCAGGUGACAUGGACGAGGCUUUCUGGGCACAACGGGAGCCAAUGCAGAGCGCGGAACAGGACACCGUACUACCCACAGGCGACUAUGAUGCCAAUUUCUUUGAUGAUGAAAUGCCACUUCCUGGAGGUGGAGUCUUGGAUGACGAUGAUGACCUUGAGUUUGCUGAUGCUCGGGAUCACUUCUCUCCAGGCGCUGACGCGCUCCCUACUGCUCAGGAUAUAGGAAUCACGGGCAUGCUUGAUAAUGGCAUGACGACAGGCGGUUUCGGUACGCAACUCGUCACGUCAACGCGUCGGUUACGACCUGAGUACGUACAGUACGCCCGUGUCGCCAAGAAGGUUGAUGUACGUCGGUUGAAGGAAGAGCUUUGGAGAGGAAUGGGUCUACCGGAAACCGUUGAUGAUGCCAAUAACCACUCCCGUCUCCCAACACCGCCGUCCGAAGCCGAGAAACCAUCACCACCAAAGGAAGAAGAAGAGCCGCUCAAGUUCACGCACGUAAUGAACGAUUUACAAGCAGUAUAUCCUAAGUCCGUGAUGGACGAUAUCUCGACAAGUUACUGCUUCAUUUGUCUACUGCAUUUGGCGAACGAGAAGGGUCUUUCGAUCGAAAAUACACCGGAGCUUCUGGAGUUGGAGAUCCGGAGGGAUUGGUCGGCUGAGGUUACUGGGGAGAUUUGAUCACACUCUAGUAGUAUACCCAUCUAUUCGGGUUGGUCGUCAGGGAAUGGAAACAUGAAUGAUUACGUGGUAUUGACGAUUAUUAGUUGGGACGGAGUGAGCAAGCAAUUCGUUUUUGCGCGAUGGUCCGGUACAUACGUACCUAGGUUUUCAUGAUAUGAUGUGAACGGCGGAUAGUGGUCGGCGAGCCACCUUUGCUUAUGCUUACUUUUGUUAUCGGGUUACGGGUGAUGAUCGAUUGAAGUAGCAAUAGCAAGCAAGCAAGCAGUAUAUGUGCGUACGGAGCGUAGGUAUUCUUUACUACGUGUCUAGGUACCCAAUCCAAUUUUCAAUUCUUCAA